AUGGAUCCCAGUUUAAGAAAUAUAAUAUUGCUAAGCAUAGGAUUUCUUCUACUGCUUACUGGUUCAUUUACAAUGACCAAUAUUCAAAAAACGAUUAUUGAUAGUAUACAGAAAGAUGAUCCAACUUUUACAGAAAAUGGAUAUUAUAGUCAGGCUAUAAAUGGUGGAUUCUCUGCGGUAUUCAAUUGGAUAGUUCCAUCAGUCAUCAACGCUUUUGGAACCAAAAUGGCCAUGGUUUUGGGCGCACUUUUAAGUAUUUUAUUUAUAUUACAAUUUAUGCUACAAAAAGUUUGGAUUUUGUAUACCUCAUGUGGUGUAUACGGAUUGGGCCUCGCUUUAAUAUGGGUAGCGCAAGGUGACUAUUUGACGUUUCUUUCUACGGAAACAACCAUCAGUAAAAAUACUGGAAUAUUUAUAAUAAUAACCAGUUUAAAUAUGAUUUUUGGAAAUAUAUUUGUUAUGGUUGGAUUUAAUGGAAAAGAAAAAAUAAACAAAGAAACUCGAACGCUCGUUUUAUCUACAUUAGCAGUACUAUGUACAGCUGCAUUGAUCGUAUUUGUGUUUCUUCCUAAACACAAAAAAGAAGAAAAAUCCAGUGGGACUAAGGCAGUUGGUGUAUUAGAAUCUCUUAUUAAACCAGUUAAAUUAUGUUUUACAAAAAAUAUGUUAUUGCUAAUAGUUACUUUUUUAUAUAAUGGGUUAGAGUUAGGAUUUUUCAGUGGAAUUUACGCUUCUUGCAUUGGUUUUACAAGAGAAUUGCCAAACCGGAAGCUGCUUGUCGGCCUGUCUGGUAUAUUUGUAGGAAUUGGAGAAAUAUUUGCAGGAAGCUUAAUCAGUAUAUUCCCGAAAAAAGUCGCUGAAUUGGGCCGAAGUGUUUUGAUAGGUGUAGGGUGUUUUGUGCACAGCUUAAGUUUCAUAUUAAUUUUUAUUAACCUGCCAGAUAAUUCUCCAUUUGGUGAUACGGAUGAACCAGCAAUUAUUCAAAGUAAUACAGUGCUUGCCAUGUUUUGUUCGUUUCUUUUGGGUAUGGGAGAUUGUAUAAUCGCAAACGUUAUAACUAGUUUACUUGGUACAGUCUACUCUGAAGAAGCUCCCUCAGCUUUUGCUAUUUUUCAAUUCUUCGUAGCAGUCGGAGCGGUAAUUAAUUUUGUCACAGCUGAGCUGUUAGGUCUUUAUUACAAACUUGCUAUGCUUUUUGGGUUAGGAAUACUAAGUACAGUGUUUUUCAUAAUAGUCGAUACUUCUUGCAAACGUAAGCUAUUGGGGAAUAAAGACAAAAUAGAAACAUCGUAA